AUAAUUUGACACUUAGAAAAUUUUGCGUUGUGAAGUAGGUACCGCACGUGUUUUCAUUUUGUUUACAUUGUCAUAAAGUAACUAAAUGUGUAUAAAGUAAAUAAAAUGGAUUCAAAGAAAGUAGACGAAGGUCCGUCACUGGCCUACACGAGCAGCCCAGAUUAUAGAAACCCACCAAAAAUCGCAAAUCCGUACUUACAAUGCCUUGGAGCACCCCACAUAGACUCCUUCAACUACAUGCUUCAAGACGGGCUGAAAGCAGCAAUAGAUGACCUGCUACCUGUAGAAUUUGAGUUACCUGGUGGGGAACGGGUCAAAGUGACAAUAGACGAAGCAGCCUUUGCAAAGCCAAGUGUGCCCAUGGACGCAGUGGGGGUUAAGACACAGAGGGUGCUGCCGACGGAGUGCAGACAACGAGCAGCCACAUAUAGGGGGGAUUUUAAAGUCAGAGUUACAUUAUCAAUAGAUGAACGGACGGUCACAAUUGAUAGGUCUCUGGGCUUCUUACCGAUUAUGAUUAAGUCAAAAAUGUGCCACCUGAAUGAUCUGUCUCCCAAGGAACUGGUGGAACACAAUGAACAUGCUGAUGAAUGGGGAGGAUAUUUUGUUAUAAAGGGUCACGAGCGGUUGGCCCGUAUGUUACUGGUCACUAGGAGGAACUAUCCGGUCGCGAUCAAGCGGUCUGGCUGGAGGAUGAGAGGGAAUCUGUUCUCUGAUUACGGUGUCAUGAUACGCAGUGUGACCGCUGAUCAGACUAGUACUAACAAUGUCUUGCAUUUCCUAACAAACGGCACAUGCAAGCUGAUGUUCUCGUACCGCAAGAUGAUGUACUACGCACCACUGCUGCUGAUCCUCAAGUGCCUGGUGGACUGGCCCGACCACUACAUAUACCAACAACUGCUGCAACACAACAAGAACGAUCUGUAUUAUGUCAAUUGCAUCCAGAACAUGCUCCGCGAGCUGCACGAGGAAGGCCUGCAUACCUCAGACGAGUGCCGGCUGUACCUGGGCCGCAUGUUCCGCGCCAAGCUGUACGAGCUGCCGCCCUGGUGCGACGACCGGCAAGCCGCCGCCUUCCUGCUGCGCCGCUGCGUCAUGAUACACCUGGACAAGGAUGAGGACAAGUUCAAUGGGCUCGUGUUUAUGGUGCAGAAGCUCUAUGAUUUGGUCCAGAAUAAGUGUAAGGUGGAAGGCGCCGACGCGGUGAUGAUGCAAGAGGUGAUGGUGGGUGGUCACCUGUACCUGCAGGUAUUGAAGGAGCGUCUGCAGAAUAUACUGAACAACAUCCGGAUACAGAUACUGAAGCGAGCGAAGACCACGUCAAAACUUGUUAUAGGAACGAAAGAGCUGCAACAAAUCCUCCGCGCGUGCGGCAGCCUCGAGCAGAAGAUGGAGACGUUCCUGGCGACCGGCAACGCGCCCUCCAACAACGUCACGCUGUCGCAGUACAAGGGGCUCACCAUCGUCGCCGAGAACAUCAACAGGAUGCGAUACAUGUCGCAUUUUAAGUCGAUCCACCGCGGCUCGUUCUUCCUGGAGAUGCGCACGACGGAGGCGCGCGCGCUGCUGCCGGACGCGUGGGGGUUCGUGUGCCCGGUGCACACGCCCGACGGCGCGCCCUGCGGCCUGCUCAACCACCUCACCAUGCCCGCGCAGGUCACACAACGGCCUGAUCCAAAAUUAGUAGCAAAUUUACCGUUCGUUCUGGAGAAAUGCGGAAUGGAACCCAUAAGCUCAGUGUCGCGAGCGGUCUUGCACAACGUGUACAAGUAUCCGGUGUUCAUCGACGGACGGCUGGUGGGCUACUUCUCAGAAGACACUGUAGAUGACUCCGCGGCGUACUUCAGGACUUUGAAGAUCAAGGGGGAAGAAGUUCCUAUCACUACGGAGAUCGUCGUCAUACCUAAGAAGCAGAUCUGCGCGCAAUACCCAGGCGUGUUCAUAAUAACGAGUGAAGCUAGAAUGAUGCGACCGGUCAUCAACCUGGCCAGCUCGCAGCUCGAGCUGAUCGGCACCAUGGAGCAGUUGUACUUAGACAUCGCUAUCACACCGCAGGAAGUGCAUAAAGGUAAAACCACCCACAUGGAACUGUCCAAGUCCGCGUUCAUGAGUAACCUGGCGCAGCUGGUGCCGAUGCCUGACUGCAACCAGUCGCCGCGUAACAUGUACCAGUGCCAGAUGGGCAAGCAGACGAUGGGCACGCCGAUCCACACGUGGCCCACGAACGCGGAGACGAAGCUGUACCGGCUGCAGACGCCCGCCACGCCGCUGUUCCGGCCGCAGCACUACGACCGCGUCGGCCUCGACGACUUCCCCGCCGGCACCAACGCCAUCGUCGCCGUCAUCUCUUACACGGGCUACGACAUGGAAGACGCGAUGAUAAUAAACAAAUCGGCGUACGAGCGAGGGUUUGCAGCUGGCACCGUCUACAAGGCGGACUUCAUCGAGCUGCAGCACGUCAGCUCGUACUUCUGCCGCGACGACUCCAAGAACCUCAGCCAGUACAUCGACGCGGACGGACUGCCAGCCGUCGGCGCCAGGGUCAAGCCUGAUGAUCCUUUCUACUGUUAUUACGACGGCGAGAAGAACCAGUUCAUGGUGAGCCGGUACCACGGCAAGGAGGAGGUGUUCGUGGACAGCGUGAGGCUGUGCGGCGACUUCAGCGGUAAAGCAUUGAAGAAGGCCUGCAUUAUGUUGAGGAUACAACGUAACCCAACUGUGGGCGACAAGUUCGCCUCUCGAGCGGGACAGAAAGGUAUCUGUUCUCAAAAGUGGGCUGCCGAGGACCUGCCUUUCACGGAAUCUGGACUGAUCCCGGACAUCCUGUUCAACCCGCACGGGUUCCCCAGUCGUAUGACCAUCGCCAUGAUGAUCGAGUGUAUGGCAGGGAAAGCUGCCAGUCUCCACGGACAUGUACACGACGCGUCACCGUUCAGAUUCAACGAGAAAGACACGGCGAUAAACUACUUCGGUCGGCUGCUAGAGGCCGGCGGGUACAACUACUACGGCACCGAGCGCAUGUACAGCGGAGUGGACGGGCGAGAGAUGAAGGCGGAUAUAUUCUUCGGAGUGAUACACUACCAGCGGCUCCGGCACAUGGUGUCGGAUAAGUGGCAGGUGCGCACGACGGGCGCGGUGGACGCGCUGACGCGGCAGCCGGUGAAGGGGCGGCGGCGCGGCGGCGGCGUGCGCCUCGGCGAGAUGGAGCGCGACGCGCUCGUGUCGCACGGCGCCGCCUUCCUGCUGCACGACCGCCUCUUCCUCUGCUCCGACAAGACCGAGGCUGUGGUGUGCACCAAAUGCGGGACGCUCCUAGGUCCCAUAGUGGGCCAAGCGGAGAGCUCAGACGAGUGCAGGCUGUGCGGCGAGUCGACCCUGGCCAGCGUCGCCGUGCCAUACAUAUUCAAGUUCUUCGUCACACAACUCGCAUGCGUCAAUAUUAACUGCAAGAUCAACUGUGCUAAAGCUAUUGAGGGAGCUUAGUAAUAAAUAAUGUGAAAGGCUUAAUAAAUGUUUAAUUCUCUAAUA